AGCCACGCCGGCUGACCGCCAGCGGCGGGAGUUGAGCACGCACCCUGCGCGGACCCCCUCCUGGGCGGCUGGCCCUCCUCGCUUCCGGCCCAGAUAUGGCCGCGUUCACAGCGAUGCAGCCCGCGCAGCUGCUGCCACUGGGCGUGCCGCCCGCCGCUUCGUCGGGCCCCGCCCCAGCGCUGCGCGGCGCCGCCGCGGGCGAGCAGCCCCAGCCCGGCCAGGGCGGCCCCUCCGUCAGCCUCGCCGCUGGGCUGCUGGCGGGCGCCCGCCUGAUUGCGGCGUCCCGCCCGGCGCCAGGGCGUGCCAGGCGCGGGGCGCGCCGCCAGCAGCUGCGCGCCCGGGGCGGCAACGUGGCGACGGAGCUCCGGCCCGCCGACGUGCAGGCCCAGGCGAACGGGGAGGCCAAGGCCCACGAGUUCGCGGCCGAGGCGCGGCAGGCCGCGAAGCUGCGGGCCGAGAAGGCCACGACGGAGGCACCCGCGGGCGUCGAGGACAACGCGAUGAUCGCGAGUGCGCCCGCGGGCGAGGCGCUGGCCACGGGGGGCGAGGUCGCGGCGGCCGCGGCGGAGGACGACGAGGACAUGUCCUCUCGCCUGCGCUUCAUCGCACCGCUGCUUCCGCUCGCUGUCUUCCCGCUGGUGCAGGCAAAGGACAGCGCCAAGCGGAACAUGGACCUGAUGGACCUGGGCCCCAGCUUUCGGCGUUCGGACUAGGAGG